AAAAUUAUGAGUUCCUCUUCGGGUCAACAACAACAAUAUCCUCAAAAUGAGCAAGAACAAACAACAAGUUUUAAUAUACCUUCAAUUCCACCUACAAAUCAAGGAGAAGAAGAAGCAAAUAAUGGUCAUUCUUUAGCUUGUUUGGCUAUUUUAAAAAGAAUUUCUGAUGUAUUUAUUGUCUGUCUAAUAUGUUUUGUUGGAAUACUUUAUCCUUGUCUACUUAAUUUGCCAUAUUUUCUCUUCUUCUUAACAAUUUUAACGUGGCUAGCAAUUUAUACUCCUUUAAGAAGGCGAAAAUUUAAUUUUGUCAAAAAUGCUAUUCUUGGCUAUAUAAUUGUUCACUUUUUGGUUUUAAUUGCAUAUCAAUUUGUAUUUUUUCAACAAUUUGUGGAGCCGACGUCUUUUAUUGCGAGAUUAUUUGGCCUGCCCGUCUUAAUAAAAUAUACCGGUUUGCAUUGGUGGGAUUUUCAAUUAAACCAAAGUGUUGGAAUUGUGCCUUUUCUAAAUUUUGUUUCUUUGCCUAUUCUCUACUUGUUUCUAUCUAUACAAUUGAGCUGGACAAAAGAUGGAACCAAAUCAAGAAGUUUAACAGCAACAGAUCACUCAAGUAGAGGACAGGGAGAAGGGGAUGAUGAGUCGUUACAUGAUGAGUUACUCCUAAACACGGCAGGGAAUGAUUCUGUUGAUAUUAUUGCUUUACAAAGAAUUACGUCGCACGUUAUGGAUCGUGAAAAAAUUAAGAAAUUGAUUAAAUCUAGACGUAAAACAAUUUCUGGUGCAGCAGCAGCAACCUUAUUUUUAACAUUACAAGAAAUUACAUAUUUAUUUUUGUAUCAUUGUUAUGUUUUUGCUUUAGUUUCAAUGCUUGUUUGGGCUCUUCUGUAUCACUCAAUUAUUGGCCUUAUAUUUUUAAUUUUGGCAUGUUUUCUUUGGGCACUUGUAGAUUCUCGUAAAUGGUCUUUUCGUUUAUCUCCGCUUAUUCUUGCAUAUGUUGAGUUGCUCUUAAUUGCCCAAUACAUUUACAAUAUGGAUUUGGCAAAGGAAUUAAAAAAUGAUGAUUUACUUGAAAUUAUUGGAUUUAAAUAUGAAGAGAAUAAAACAAGAGCUUUUGUUACUAUUGUUAUUAAGGAAAGGAUGGUGAAUUAUUUGGUAAAAAAUUUCUUCAUUGAAUUAUUCAAUUUUUAAUUUUGACCAUUUUGAGUCUUUUUUAGUCUAUUUUUCUAGUAGGGUUGAAAAAUAUUUUUUACUAUUUUUCCAAAAAUUGACUUGAUUCUAAUCAGGAAAGGAUGGUAAAUUAUUUUUUAAAGAUUCGUCAUUAAAUUAUUUUUUGACCAUUUUGAGCCUUUUUUAGUCUAUUUUUCUAACAGGUAGAAAGAUAACUUUUUACUUUUUUUUCUCUUAUUUUUUUAUUUUAACAUUAAAAACACCUAUUUAUUUUUUAAGUUUAAAAAAUAUAUUUUUCAUUGUACUUUUGUUUUUUUUAAUUUCCGCACUUUUAUUUUUUUAUUAUUGUCAUGGGACGAUUAGUGUUUAUUUUAUUUUUUUUAAAUAUUUUUUGAAACGGUUUAGUCUAUUCAAUGAUUCAUUUUUUCGCUUUUUUAUCUUUGCUAUAAAUACGCGCCUAUCACCCCCAAUCGCCUUUUUUAUAAAGUAAAUGAAAAUAUUGACUAAAAGGUAAAUAAAGCAAUAAAAAAAAUAAUAUUGAGGGAUUGAAAUAAGGGGGAAAAAAGGGAAGAAAAGAUUAAUUAAAAAUAAUUUUUUAAUUAAAAAAAUUUUUUCUGACAAGAAAAAAUUUAAAAAACCCCUAGAAAAUAAAAACAAAUACACACAAAAAAUAAAUUUUCAAAAAAAUUUUUUGCGGACAAAAAUUUGCGGACUUUUUGAUUUUUAAAUUUCUUAAGUCAAAAAAAUUUUUUUUUCUUCAAUUUUUUAAAUUUUUUUUGGUAAAUUUUAUUUUUAUUUUAUUAGUUUAUUUUUAAUUUUUUUCAAACAUUUUUUUGACUUGAGAAAUAUAUAAAUCGAAAAGUCCGCAAAUUUUUGUCCGCAAAAAAUUUUUUUUGACUAUUCAAUUUUUUGGUGUAUUUGUUUAUUUUUUUUUGGCUUUUUUUAAAAAUUUUUCUUGUCUGAAAAGUUAAAGUUGAUAGGCAUUGGUAUAAGUGUUUCUUAAAUUUUUUUGUUUUACGUUUUUUUAAAUUUGCGGACAUAAACUUGCGGACUUUUUUUAAUAAAAAUUUUUCUCUUUUCUUUUCAGCUUCUCUUAAGCCUACCAUUUUUUGCUCUUUCUCGAUUAAAUCUACGUGAAAUAAAAUAUAAUUCUUUGAGUACUCAAGAUCGGUUAA